UUGCUACCCUAAUUUCAACCCCAUCUGUCUUUUAUCCAUCCUCACUUCUCUAAUAUAAACCACUUUCCCCCUUGUGUAAGCACAAGCCAUUCCAUUUUCAGUCUUUUUUUUGUUUUUUGUUUACAACAACAAUGGCUGGACACACAGUUUACACCCUCUCAGAAGUGUCUCGACACAAAUCCAAGAACGACUGUUGGCUUGUCAUCGAUGGCCGAGUUCUGAACGUAACAAAGUUCCUGGAAGAACAUCCAGGAGGAGAAGAGGUGUUGUUGGAAUCAGCAGGGAAGGAUGCGACGAAAGAAUUCAACGAUAUCGGACAUAGCAAGUCGGCUCAGAAUUUGCUCCUCAAGUAUCAGAUUGGUGUUCUCCAGGGUCACACUUUAAAGAAUAAUGAACAGGUUGGUUCAACCGAGGAGCCCAAAAAGAAAGAGAUGAGUGCAUUCGUUAUCAAGGAUGACCUGACGCCUAAAUAUGCUGCAGUCGUCGAGUUCGCCGCCCCACUCCUGGUUGCUGGUUCCUAUUUCUGUUACAGAUACCUCACACCAAGCUCAUAAGUGCUGUAAUCAAUUUGGUUUUCAAGUUCAACCUCAACAUGCCCCUUCUUCCCUUUAAAUAAUUGUUGGCAUAGAAUGUUUACAAUGAUGGUGUGUUGUUCCUUUCUUUUUAUCUUCACUUGUCCUUUUGGUUAUUGUUGUUGAUGAUUAUAUAAGAAUGAGAGUUAUCAUA